GCUAUCGAUAACAUUUUAACAAAGUUCAUUUUAUUGUUAAUUGUUUCACCACACAGCUCUUUGAAAAUUUUACAUAAAAUAAAAUGGCUGAUAAAAUAAACUCGGAAAGUUUUAUUUCAGCUGUGGUUAUUCUGUCUUGUCUAAUGGUUACUGGAUUUGUUGGUAAUCUGCAUGUUAUUUUCGUAUAUGCGUUUCGGUUAAAGCCAACAAACCAUGCAAUUUUUAUUAUAGUUCUGAGCAUUUACGAUAUCAGUGCAUGUAUUGUUCUUAUUCCUUUCAUUUUAUACCAGAUCAUCAAUCCAUGGACAUAUGGCAGUGUUUUUAUGUGUAGAAUCUUCGCGUUCAUGACGGGUUUAAUUUUCACUGGAUCAAUUUUCACCCUACUAUUAGUAGCUGUUUACAGGUAUAGAAAGGUAUGCCGGCCACAUGGAUGGCAGAUAAAAAAUAGAGUUGCUAAACUGUUUUGCUUUAUUGCUGCGAUAUCUGCCUGUGUUUGUUCGUGUCCAUUACUUGCAUUUAAGGAGGUAAGGACACAAUCCUUGGAAAAUAAAACAUUUACAGUGUGCGUUAGAGUUGAAGGGACCAUACAAUAUGCCCUAUAUCAGCUUAUAUUUAUUGCACUAAUGACGUUUGUGUCUUUAUGCGCUUUGGUAUCUCUGUAUGCAUGCAUUUUAAAAGCAGCAUCAGGAUUACACGCCAAAGAAAGCUUUGGUGAUGUUCACAAAAGUGGUGUAACAGGUUUGAAGCAUAUAAAACUAAAUGUUUUAAAUAGACAUAAAGAACUAUCGACUUCAUGUACAAAGACAAUUGAUUCGCCAGAAGUCGGAUAUAAUCAAGAUAACAUUGAGGGCAAGACAAGAGAUAACAGCGAGACUUUAGCCACCUGCUCAGUCAACCAAAUCAAAACAGAGACAACGAAUGACAAUCACCAGAAAAGGAACAGAAUAAGAAAAAUAACACUAGCUUUUAUAUUAGUGACUGUGUUCUUUUGUAUUAGCUAUAUUCCAUUUCUAUCUGCGGGCAUCUUUCUAAUACAGAUAGAAAUGUCCUCCUCAGACCUCAGUAAAGAUUCUUAUAUUGCAUUACACAUUGUACAGACCUGUGUAUUUAUCAACAGCAUGGUAAACUGUUUUAUAUACAGCUGCUUUGACAUACAAUUCAAACAGGAAAUAGGGAUGCUAUAUAAAACGUUAUGUCGCACACGAAAAGACCGACGAUCCAAUUAAAACAUAUAAACCUAGAAAACCCUCUAGUCGGACUUUAUCCUGACCAAUGCAAAUGAUUAAGAUUUAAUCAAUAUAGCUGCACGUAUGGAUUUUUUUAGUAUGUUUUCGACUUUCACUAUGCAAUUAAUUUUCAGUCUUCUUACAAACUUUUCAAAGUUGAUAUAAUAAUAUUUAAUAAUUUAAGAAAUAGUUACUUUAGAAAAUAACAGGAAAGAAAUGGAAUGCUUAUUGUUUCCGCUUUGUCAGUCCGUCCCUUAAUUCCCUUAAGUUUACCCGAAAUACUUCUAGACAACCACAGAUUUGAACCUGUCUGCGAUUUUGAAAAGUAAAA